AGAAGCUAGACCGAGCAGAUCAUGGAUGUGUGAAAGCUUACUUAAACCUAAAAGCUGCGCAUGUUGCGCAGAUGAAGAUGAUUGAGAAAGCAUAUCCUGGUAUCGCUGAUCUCGACCCACCGCUACGCGGCCGGUAGAAGGUUUCUACAAAUUAAAGAUUUUCUUCUGGGGCGUUCGUGACUGUGAAUCAAUUCUGAAGACGAACAAGAUGCGGGAACACCACGAGCAGGAAGUUUCCGAGGUCGAGACGGCGACGCGGGGAAGCAGAAAGGAGGAGUUUGCCGGGUGCAAACCGGGGAACGGUAAAUUUCUGACCGACUGCCUGCCAAAGAUCGCCGCGUACUGGGGCAACGAAAAUAACACGUUUGUGCAGCUCUUGUGCAAUGGUCAACGGUCAGAGGAAGGAAGCCGAUUAUCGCGCGAUGAAGAGACCGAAGAACUAAAGCAAAGGAUGAAGGAAGAGGGAAGCUGGUUUAAGGGAUUGCGGAAGAAGUAUAGCAGCUCAAAUGCGUGCCUAUGUUGUGCGAAAGUAUUAUCGUACUGCUUCUGGUUGCUGUAACGCUAACGCAUGACCACUUUGACGGCUUAUCAUUGUGCAUUUUGACAGUAUUAGCUUUAGCAUUUCAGUAUAGUGUUCCUCUUCGUCUUUCUUAGCAAGUCAGUGCAAGGAAGAGAGAAGUGAAAAGUGUCCAAGGGUGAGCAUCUACGCGCGAUGUUUUUCGCCGUUCUGACCCUAGAUUUCUGCGUCCGACGCUGCUUGCGAUGGCGGUCGACGUGCAAGGGUUUUUAAUGUGAGUGACCCAGUCGUGUAUGGAUGAGACGAAAAACUUGAUUUCUGAUUCUGAUUCUAUUGAUGCUGGAAUGAAGAAUAAACUUACAGUUCUUAUGUUUAUGCAUUACUAGUGCUAAGUGCGCGAAUGCUUUUGCAAUGCAUAGUGCCAGCACAAGGAAUAUUGGGUGGAGGCCGAGACUCAGCAGGAUUCCAAGCGUCUAGGAAACAACAUACUCUGGUCCGCGGAGGGCGGGCUACCCCAGUUUAUCAACGUCGUCCAGACCGAGUAUGGCGCUUUCUUGCGCGAAGGCGUCACCGCCAGUGGUAGCAGUUUCAAGUGGGGGGGCGGCGACGCUGUUGGUGACGAUGACGAUGCAGCAGCGUCCUCCUCGUUCCUGCAGCUAUGCAUCGCAAAUAUGUCUGGAUCAGGAAGACAGCAAGAUUUGCCAUGCUUGUCUGACAUGACUCGAGAAUCUGUCAUGCGUUCUUGGAGGUUCAAAAAGAUCAUCUUCUUAUCUGUGAAUGUGAUGCAAAAGCUAUAGUCAGUCUGCCAAGGCAAGCGAAAUACGCAAGACAAAGCAGCUCAAAAGAUAAAGAUUGUCACGCUUGGCCACGUAAUUAUAUUACAGUGCGCCCAAUUUUCUUGCCCGGUUUGCGUUACAAGUUUUCAGACCCAGACGUAUUUGCACUGCUGGAUAGCAGCAGCUGGAGAGCGGGAACGACCUCGACCUGUACGCUGCUUCUCGGCAGGCCCUGUUGCUCGGGACGACCGUCGACGACCUCACCGCGACCCGGGACGCGGCGACGGCGGAAACCACUUGGGAGAGCUGCAACAAUCAGGACCUGCGCAUGGCGUUCGGCGUCCCCGACUUCUUCGGAACGGGCUCCGAUUUGAAGAUUUGGGUAAUCGCGCCAAUGGGCAAGGCCGACUACAAAGGAGAAGGGAGCAACGCGGUCGUGAUGUCCUGCGACCGGACGACAGAGUACUACUUCUACCGCACGGACGUGCCCAAAGAAAAGCUGCGCGACGGAUACGACGAGUCACGAUUCCGGGACGGCCUCGCCAGGGCGAAUUUGCGAAGCGGCUGGUACAACACGAACACGCUCGGGCAUCUCACCAUUAAAGAGAGUCACGCCGACGGAGGACGCCGUCGCGAUGUCGGGGACGCUAGCGAAGAAUACCACGUGUAUUCCUUCGACGAGAACGCAAAAAAAGAAACAACUGUCCGUGGCAAAACGAUCGACCUGCACGCUGGGUACCUGAAAGUCGAGAAUGAUUUUUGGGAGGAAAUCUGGCUCGACCCGAAUAAGCUCGGUAAACAGCAGCGCACCAUGCUCGGGGACCUGAAGUUAAUCUUCCAGGAUGAAAAGAGUUCGGGCAUAAAAUACACAAUCGGAGAUGAUGAAGGAAAGAAACAUAAACAAUCUUCCAAGAAAAAGAAAAAUAAAAUAGAGUCAGAUUGGUCUUCUACUUCCAGUUCCGCCAGCGCAUCCGCAUUCUUGCAGGUAUCUUUCUAGUAACAACUUCUACUCGGUGUCAUUGUCCUCGCCGCUCUGCAAGUGCAAGGUCGGUCCUCCGGACCUUGUGCCUACUGAAGCCGUGUCUCUGUGAUUGACGUGCUAACAAAUUUAACGAACAUGAUGAGUCAAUGAACAAGUUAGAGAGUCGCGAAAAUUGUAGAAAUAAAAGGCGCAAGCGCAGCGUCAUUCUUUUGGUCGCCGUCAUUGAAGAUGCCUAGUGUAAAAAUUGACUUCUUUUUUAGAAUUGAACCGACUGGACCUGCCAGGAAUCGUCUUUGCGGGAGCCAGUACCAUCUGGUGCGACGUUCUCGCAAGAAGGAAGCCGUUCGGCACACGAGCUGCAACAGGGUAAUAUCAACCAGGAGAAUAAUUCGGGGCUGAUUCUUAAACAGAAAAAGUCGACUGUCCGGACGUCUCUGCGUGGCGCAAGCAAGCAAGCGGUCGAGAUCUCCACGUCCUCCGACACUGCCUUUUCUGCUCUCGACGACUUAGCAGCGUCGAGCACUGGUGGUGCAAGUGGCACUCGUGACCGACAAGAACCCUCCUUUUUCUCGUCUUUUGCACCAGAACGCGGCGGAUCCGCGGACGUGAGUGGCGAUCAAGAUCAACCAUCCUCGUUUCUCGAGAGCAUUGGAGUGCAGCAGUACUACGCAGGAGCUCCCGAAGCCGAUGCAAGCGAGACAGCGAAACGAACAUCCACCGAAGAAACGCGUGUGAAGAUGCACGGACUUCUACCGACCAGCAGCCUCUUGUCGACCACCUCGUCCGCGGAGGAAUGGCUUCCCGCGCUCGCAUUUCUCCUGAUUCUGCCUUUUGCCAUGCGGCUCGUCGUGUACCGUCUCUACAUACGCAUGAGGGAACGUGGCGCGGAGGAAAAAGGAGACACCGAGCAGUCAGCGCUGAGCACCACGACAAGCACAAACACUAAUCCAGCGGGUAGUACCGGCUUUGCGAAUGAACUACCCGAUCUGGAGCUGGACAACAACGAAGCAGAAAGUCAAGAACACAACGUCGACAACCCGCUUGUUACUUGCUCUCCACCCGCCGGUCAUGAAAUUAUGCAGACGUCAUCCCUUGUGGCCUCCAGCUCCACCGAAAAUAAAUGCUGCGAAGAGAACCAGGAAUUACAGGGGGAACUCGCUGCGAUUGAGAGCAUCAUCUAG